AUGGCCUCCCUUGCAGAGGAGUUGAAGGCAGUUAGGGCCGAGGUGGAAGAAGCCAGGGCCCAAAAACUUGAAGAAAUGGCCAAGCUGGAGUCUGCCUUGGCCCAGAUUGAGGCCUUGAAGAAGGAGGUGGAGGUCUCUAAUGAGCAUCAGAAGGUGACCAUUGAGGCCCUGGAAAAGGCCAAUCGCUCUUUGACGGGUGCCCAAGAAGCUUACCAUUUCUUGGAAACCCAAGUCAAGUGGUAUGUGGAUGAUGCAUCCCAUGCCAGAGAGGAGGCCCAACGGGCGAGGGAAGAGACAGUGCAAGAGUAUGUUGCCAACUUCCACAACACAGACGAAUAUAAGAACUUCAGUGCAUACUGGAGAAACUUUGCCUAUGCUGAGGUGAUGGAGCGGGCAGAGGAACUGUAUCCCAAUUUGGAUCUAACUCAACUUAGGUCUGAAUUCGUGGAUGAGGUACCUCAGACCCCUGCUGAGGACGUGCAGGGUAAUGAAGCGGCUGAGGUAGGGAAACCAAAUGCUGAUGCUCAAGCUGCCGAAACCCUUAGUACAGAAGCACCUCCCCCAUCUACCCAAGCUUAG